UUAGUUCUCCCCAAGCUUCAUACCCACCUCACCCCCGGCGGAGUCGGACCCGUGGCCGUAACCCCCCUACCGCCGCCGCCAGCCCUUUGUCCUCCUCCCGCCGUAGCUGGCAGCCCCUCCUCCUCCCGCCGUAGCCGGCAGCCCCUCCUCCUCUCGCCGUCGCCACCAGCCCAACCUCUCCUCCGCCGUGGCAUCCACCCUCCCGCUGUUUACUCCAGUCGUCGCCUCGCACCUCCCGCUAUUACCUCACAUAUAGGCCGUCGACUCCCGCCGUCACUCGCACCUCGAGCCGUUCCCUCCCACCGUUUCUCUCCUCGUCACAUCGCCCCGUCGCCUCGACGCCAGACAGCCGGAACCUCCAGUGCCUCGACGCCAGCCAUCCGCGACCUCCAAUACCCCGCCGCCGAACCUCGACCUCUACCCAGCAACUGCCGACUGGUCCGUCAGCUCAGUCAGAUCGGCCGGGAGUCCGAUUCGCGUCGCCGAGGCCUUCCAGGAUUUCGCGAUCUGGAGCAAGGGGCCGGAUCAAAGUUUUGGGGAUUUUCCCAGAUCUGGAGGGCUGCGCAAGCAUAUCUGAUUCUCAGCUAGCGCCAGUGCGAGCAUGGAGCCGGUUCUGGUGAGUGCUGCCACGGGGGCCCUGAAACCCGUCCUGGAGAAGCUGGCCACUCUGGUCGGCGACAAGUAUAAGCGUUUCAAGCAUGUGCAUCGCGAGGUGAGCCUUCUCAGGGAUGAGCUCGCCACGAUGCAUGCAUUUCUCCUUGAGAUGUUGGAGGAGGAGAGUCCCAAUGAGCGAGACAAGUUGUGGAUGAAGGAGGUGCGGGAAUUGUCCUACGAUAUGGAGGACUGCGUUGAUGACUUCAUACAAGAUAUUGAAUCAGAUGGUUUCAUAGAAGAAAUGAAGAACUGGCUGGGGAUGAUGAUGGCUCGCGGUCGGACAGCUAGCGAGAUCCAUGGUUUGAAGAAACAAGUCAUUGAGCUUAGUAAGAGGAAUGGAAGGUACAAGACUGAGGUGAGACAGAGUAAUGCAAGUCACAAGGUAAAAGAAGACUUCUCUCAGACUAUGAAUAAAGGAACCCUUCACGCCAGAGCUCUUGUUAGGCUUAACAGUACACCCGUUGCAAUUGAUAAACCUAAGGCUGAGAUUAUCAAAUUGCUAACUGAAGUGGAUGGAUGUGGGUCACCAGAGCAAUUGAAGAUAGUCUCCAUUGUUGGGUCUGGAGGAAUGGGCAAGACAACUCUUGCAAAUCAAGUGUAUCAAGAGCUUAAAGUAGGAUUCCAGUGCCUGGCUUUCUUAUCUGUGUCACGAAGUCCAAACAUGAUGAACAUUCUAAGAAGAAUCCUUAGUCAAGUUAGCAGGCAACCUUAUGCUAAUACUAUAGAAGGGAGCGAAGAAGAUCUGGUUCUCAAGAUCAACGAGUUCCUACAAGACAAAAGGUACUUUAUUGUUGUUGAUGAUAUAUGGAGUGUGGAUACAUGGGAUAUUAUUAAGCGUGUAUUCCCCAAGACCAGUAUCGGCAGUAGAAUAAUCACCACUACUCGUAUAAAUGCUGUGGCUAAAUCAUGCCGCUCAUCAUUCAAUGGUCAUAUUCACGAUAUAGGCCCUCUUGAUAUUGAGCACUCAAGGCAGGUAUUCUGCAGAAUAGUAUUCGGCCCCAAAGAACACUGCCCUUCUCACCUUGAAGAAGUUCUGAAUCAAAUUUUGAAAAAAUGUGAUGGUUUGCCUUUGGCGAUCAUUGCAAUAUCCGGCUUGCUGGCUAACAAAGAAAGUACAGUGUCUAAAUGGAAUGAAGUGAAAGAUUCAAUUGGCCGUGCACUUGAAAGAAAUAAUAGUGUUGAAAAUAUGAUGAAGAUAUUGUCACUUAGUUACUUUGAUCUGCCUUCUGAUCUCAAAACUUGUCUCCUAUAUCUCAGUAUAUUUCCAGAAGAUACUAUUAUCGAGAAGAAAAAUCUGAUAAGAAGAUGGAUUGCUGAAGGAAUCAUUCACAAAGACAGCAGAUACACAAUACAUGAGGUAGGAGAGAUGUAUUUCAAUGAACUGGUCAACAGGUGUUUGGUCCAACCUGUGAAAGACAGAUAUGAUCAUAAGGUGACUCGCUGUAGAGUUCAUGAUGUAAUUCUUGAUUUCAUCGUAUCCAAGUCCAUUGAAGAUAACUUCAUUACUUUGGUUGGUGUUCCCUGUGUACCUAUAAAUGACAAAAUGAAAGUUCGCCGGCUCUCUCUCCAAAAUGGCGGAGAAGGAAAUUCUACCCUGCCAAAACAUCUGGUAUUGUCCCAUGCACGAUCACUCAGUGUUUUUGGGAAUACAGAUGGAAUCCCUCCAUUGAAUGUAUUUAUUCAUUUGCGUAUUCUGGAUUUUGGGGGUAUCAAGCAGUUGAAGGAACAUUAUCUUACAAAUAUCGGGAUGUUGCUUCAUCUAAGGUACAUCAACCUCAGGGGAACAGGAGUAAGUAAACUGCCAAAAGGAAUCCGCCAUCUACGGUACCUAGAGAUGUUGGAUCUAAGAAGCACAGAAGUAGGUGAACUGCCAGCAAGUCUAUUAAAUCUCAGAAAAUUGGUGUAUCUAUUGACUGAUGGUGCUGUUAAAUUUCCUGAUGGAAUUAUGAAGUUGGAAGCACUUGAGGUGUUGAAACGGGUGAGGGUUUUCAGUCAGACAUCUAACUUCUUGCAAGAACUUGGGCAGCUAAAGAAUCUGAGGAAGUUGUUCAUUACUUUACAGGAUGAUUCUAGUACACGUCGAGAAACAGAGGAAAUCAAUGAGUUGUACAAAGUUACUGCUUCUUCUCUUCGUAGCCUUGUCUCUCUGAACCUUCGUUCUCUGAAAAUUAUGAGCGGGGGCAGCUUCUUACAGCAGGAACCUUUGUGCCCCGCUAUGCUUAACCUCCAGAAACUCAUCUUAAUUCGUUCGCCAGUCCAGCAGGUUCCAGAAUGGAUGCUCUUACUUGUCAACCUCCAAGAGUUACGCAUUGAAGUGGAGGGAAUCAGACAGAAGGAUCUGUGUAUCCUUGGAAGCUUACCCGCUCUGCUCAUUCUGGAAGUAGAAGCAAGAGGGUGUUCUAAAGAUGCAAAGCUGACAGUCGGUGGCGAAGUGGGGUUCCCAUGCUUGUUGAAGUUUCUUUAUUAUAUAGCUGGUGAAGGUAUGAAUCUGAUGUUUACAACAGGCUCCAUGCCAAUGCUGGAAAUGCUCAAGAUUUAUUUCGAGCCGGAUGAAACUAAGGCACUCGCUACUGGUGCCUUCGAGUUUGGACUUGGAAACCUCCCCCGCCUCGCUACUGUCGAAGUCGGUGGCUUGACUCGCGCGAGCAGAGUCGUUCAGGCUGCUGCGAAGGCUUGCCUCGAGAGAGCAGUCAGAGCACAUCCAAACCGCCCCGCCCUACUGAAUGAUACACUCAGGGCACAUCCUGCCCGCAGGUUCAGGCCAUAGAAACUCUCUCUCCCCUGCAAGAUUACAUUACAUUAUUUCUGGGUUUGUAAUGCGUUUGCGGGUUUUCGAUCAACCAUUGUGUGAUCGUUUGUGGAUUAGUUGCGUUGCUGCAAGACUCAUUCAUGCUGGUGUUCUUCCAUUUCAUUCCUGUACCACUUAGGAUGAUACUCCCCUUUCUUUUAUUUUACUCAUGUAGUCAUUCUUCGUUAUUUAUUUCCUUCAACAAGUUCAUUGGCAAGCUAGAUAGGCUCAUUUUCCUCGAAUGGAGUCCAAGAACCAGCAGGGUUGUUGCUGCUGCUCCUCCUCAGCGAGCUUCCAAGUUUGAUAUUUUAGAUACAUCUCUUUUUCUGGUGCUUCAUUAUGCAUUGCAUUCCUUUCAUUGGAUAAUGUAAUAUGUAAUGGUUUAUUAGUGAUACUUUACUAUGAACCAAAUUGUGUUUCAAUUUUUUUUU